AUGAUUCUUUCUUGCUUACUCCUCUUCUCCCUUUUUGCUCUUUUCUUUCUUCUCUUUCUUUUCUUUCUUCUUUUUCAUAUUUUUCUUCUUCAAUUUAUUCUUUUCACUUUUUCUUCUUUCUUUGUUUCUUGUUCUAUUUUAUCUCCCCCUCUCUCUCUCUCUUUCUCUCUUUCUCUCUCUCUCUCUCUCACACACACACACACACACACAAACAUAAAUUUGUAUUCCGUCACUUUUUGCACACUUUUAUUCGUUUCUCUUUCAUUUCUUUUGUCUUUUUUCCAUUCUUUUUUCUUCCCCCUCACUUCCUCCUUGCCCUUUUUUCUUUUGCCUUUCGUCUCUGCCGUCCAUCAUGGCUGUCAACGGCAGACGAGUGGUAAGCAAGAAUUAAAUGGUAACGGUUGCUGUCCGCACAACAAGCGGGAGACACCAGAGGAAGACCCGAUAAUUGGUUGUGAUUAG